CCGCCAGAUGGCGACGGGAUGGACAACCCAAAAACUACAGAGGAUUUAGUAAUCUGGACAGUUUACUUCAGUUCUUCUAAUCAGAGAGGUCGGAGAGCAGGGAAAUCAAUUGACAAAGCUGUCCUGCGUAUUCGUAUAUGAACUUUUACACAAACUCAGAUCCCGUGCUUGUAAGACUCAGGAUGCAGGUGUGCUCUGUGUGCUGCAUUCUGCUGGUGAUCUUUCAGUUCCAGCCUUCCUCAGCCCACAAUGACUUCUUCACCUCCAUUGGUCAGAUGACUGACCUGGUGUACACAGAGAAGGACCUGGUCAGCUCUCUGAAGGACUACAUCCAGGCAGAAGAGAGCAAGCUGGAACAGGUGAAAAGGUGGGUGGAAAUGCUAGACUCUCUGACAUCCACAGCCAUGCAGGACCCAGAAGGCUUUCUGGGCCACCCAGUCAAUGCCUUCAAACUGAUGAAGAGGCUCAACACAGAGUGGGGAAAUGUGGAGAGCCUGGUACUGAAGGACACUUCCAACAAAUUCAUCUCCAACCUGACCGUCCAGCGGCAGUACUUUCCCAGGGACGAGGAUCAGAUUGGAGCAGCCAAGGCCCUGUUGAGGCUGCAGGACACCUACAAGCUGGACUCCAACACCAUCUCUACUGGGGACCUACCUGGGGUCAGAUACAAGAACCCCAUGACGGUGGAGGACUGUUUCGAGCUGGGGAAGGUCGCAUAUACUGAAUCAGAUUACUACCACACCCAGCUGUGGAUGUCUCAGGCACUCCGGCAACUAGAAGAUGGAGAGGAGUCUUCCAUCAACAAAGCCACUAUACUAGACUACCUCAGCUACUCCCUAUACCAGCAGGGACAGGUACAGAGGGCCCUGGAUUACACCAAGCAGUUACUCCAGCUAGAGCCUGAUCACCAGCGUGCCAAGGGUAACGUGAAUUACUUUGAGCAACAGCUGGAAAAACAGAGGACGGAGUCUGCAGCACAAGAAGGAACAAAGCAAGAGAAGGAAAUGGACCCUCUCCCAGAGAGGAACAAGUACGAGCAGCUCUGUCGAGGUGAAGGAAUCAAAAUGACUCCACGCCGAUGGAGCCGGCUUUUCUGCCGUUACCAUCACAACAACAACCCCUUUUUCCUGCUGGGCCCGAUGAAGCAGGAGGAUGAGUGGGACCGACCCUACAUAGUGCGCUACCAUAACAUAAUUUCCCAUGACGAGAUCGAGAAGGUCAAGGAGCUGGCCAAGCCCAGGCUACGCAGAGCCACCAUUUCCAACCCCAUCACCGGCAUAUUGGAGACCGCACAUUAUCGCAUCAGCAAGAGGCGCGCCACCGUGCAUGACCCCCAAACCGGGAAACUGACCACCGCCCAAUACAGAGUCUCCAAGAGUGCCUGGCUGACAGAAUAUGAGCACCCUGUAGUGAAGACACUUAACGAGCGCAUUGAGGCCAUGACCGGCUUAGAAAUGGACACAGCAGAGGAGCUGCAGGUGGCGAAUUAUGGCGUGGGUGGGCAGUACGAGCCGCACUUUGAUUUUGGACGGAAAGACGAGCCGGAUGCUUUUAAAGAGCUGGGCACUGGAAACCGCAUUGCUACCUGGCUCUUCUACAUGAGCGAUGUGGCAGCAGGGGGCGCCACAGUAUUUACAGACGUGGGCGCUGCAGUGUGGCCUAAAAAGGGUACAGCAGUGUUCUGGUAUAACCUGUUCCCUAGUGGAGAAGGGGAUUACAGCACACGGCAUGCUGCCUGCCCAGUGCUGGUGGGAAACAAAUGGGUGUCCAAUAAAUGGAUCCACGAGCGAGGCCAGGAGUUCAGGCGGCCGUGUACCCUGGGGGAGGUGGACCGGUGAAGAGGGGAGGGGCAGGAACUGCCCUCUCCUUCCUCGGCCCCCCUGCCCAGGACCCCAGUUUCUUCAGCACCACAGACGUCCUCUGGCCAUGAACUGUGACCCCAAAAUCACCAUUCUCAUCGCUGCCUGCAUUCCCCUCCCAGACCAAAAUUGCUUUUAUCCAUAAGCCUCCUGCCCUCAAAUGACUUUCUCUGUCAGAGGUUUGAAGUGUCUGUGUGUCUUCAAUCGAACCUUUCGAAUGAUGAUCCUGAAAAGAGCUUGUAACUGUUCUCCAUGCCAGAAGGAUUUGGGCUCAAAUGCAGCAAUAGUAAGUAAACAGUGUGAGGGUAAAUGCAGGCCUGAGUCCAUGCCACUCAAACACGUGAUGCCCCCUCCUCAACAAACACACACACACCCCGGCUCUAUACUGUACAUACACUCCAGUGCGUUCACACACCCCAGCUCUAUAUACAGGCUUCCAACAUUCUCACACUCCUAGUCCUAUACACACACCGCCACUGCGCACAGACACACACACACACCCUUCCAUUAGCAUUAAAGUUACCAGUACAGAUCUGCCCACUGAGCCACUGGAGCUAAUGUCUGGGAGGCUAAUAAUCGAUGAGAGUUUGCCUCUCUGUAUAACUCUAGGACCCCCUGGUUAGACUCCCAGCCGUAGUGAGCUCCAGCUUGGUGUGGGUUCAGUGUGUCCUUAGGAUGAGUCACUGUGCUGAGUGAGAGUGCCUCAGCAGAACCUGCCAUUCAUUUUACUGGAUAAAUAUGGAAAAUGUGACUUGAACCAUAUUCCUCAGCACAGAUGUUUUCUAAAUUUAACCGGUUUCUUUAUUUAUACCAAAAAAUCUUCCCCAGACCUGCAGUACCAUCUCUUUUUGGUUUUCUUUUGUUUGUUUUUUUAAAUGACAUUUGUAUUUAAUAAUAAAUAAAUAAAAAGUUGUACAGAAUUUUGAGAUGAGACAGGGAAUUUGACAUUUUGCACAUUUGUAUUGUUAUUAUUAUUUAAUCAUAAUAAUACAAACUACAGGGAAACUCCAAUACCUCAAAAAGGUACAAAGUGUAUAUGAUAAAUCAGCCAUAUUUUCCAUACAUGUACAAAUUCAAUUUUGAAAAGGAGAGUUUCCGUGCGUGCAAUCGAUAAUACAUUUAUUUGUGCAGUUUGCUUGUGUUUGUUCACUGAGGACAAUGCAGAACCACACGAAAAGUCAAAAAUAACUGGUUUUAUCAGCACAAAGAAAGUACAAAUCAAUCCCUUCUGUUUCUUGUUGAUGUGUUUUUGUUUUUGAUGUGCAUCUUCUUCAGGCAUAUGGUAUUUAGCCCCCAUCCAGCCCUAUGCGCUGUUAGUAUGCCCUGAAUCAACCACUAAUAGAUUUGGUGCUUUAAGCAUAAUUCUGUGUUGGUACUGUAAAUGGGAAUAAUCCACAGGUUAUCAUGAAUUCAUUGUUUUGCUGAUAAAUGAUUUUGCAUACCAUCAACAGGAUACAUGUUUGUUAUACAUGGCUGCUCUCCUAUUUUACUAAAUUUUUAGCACUCCAUAUUUUAUAUGAAAAGAUACCUAAACCACAAAAAAAAGAAUACUUUUUUUCUGUCAUAUUCCAUAAGUCAUAUUUCUGUAAAGUUGCAAAUGUAUUUGUUAGUCAUAGUUUACUGAAUCCAGGCCUUUGUCUUGACGGUGAAGGUGAAUGUUGCUGUUGCCCUUAUUGGCUGGUGUGGUAUAGGGAGAAUGUUGCUGUUGCCCAUAUUGGCUGGUGUGGUAUAGGGAGAAUGUUGCUGUUGCCCAUAUUGGCUGGUGUGGUAUAGGGUGAAUGUUUCUGUUGCCCAUAUUGGCUGGUGUGGUAUAGGGUGAAUGUUUCUGUUGCCCUUAUUGGCUGGUGUGGUAUAGGGAGAAUGUUGCUGUUGCCCUUAUUGGCUGGUGUGGUAUAGGGAGAAUGUUUCUGUUGCCCGUAUUGGCUGGUGUGGUAUAGGUAGAAUGUUGCUGUUGCCCAUAUUGGCUGGUAUGGUAUAGGAAGAAUGUUGCUGUUGCCCAUAUUGGCUGGUGUGGUAUCGGGAGUUACCCUCUUUUCUGUUUGUUUUCUUAUUAAAAUUAAUUACCUGGGAAGGAUGCAUUCGCAAGCAGGAGGGUCCUUGUUUUGCUUCUGCCCUGUUCAGUUCAUCUUUGUGCUGCUCUGGCCAUCCCUGAACACUUCUAGGAUUCUGUGUGAGAUCCACGCUAUUUAUAUCCCCUUCAAGUCGGGCCUUUUGUUCCGUAAAAUAUGUUUGGAUGAUUUACAUGUGUGAAAUUAAUUUUUGUGACAAAUAAAUGUUGUAUUAUUGAUAAUAA